AUGGAAAGAAUGCUCCUCAAGCGUUUAAUUGAUUACAGCCUAACUUCCAAUAUCUUUCCGCCCAAUCAAUUUGGCUUCCUCCCUUUCAGAGGCUGUGACGUCAUACUUACUAGUAUUCAUCAUGAAAUUUUCCAAUCCAGAAGCAAUAAGCUUUUUACUUUCCUAGUUGCACUUGACCUUAAAGGAGCAUACGAUUCUGUCUGGACCGAUGGACUAAUUUGGAAGAUGAUGCAAGCCGGAAUUCAAGGGAAAGCAGCCUACUGGAUUCACAAUUUCAUAAACAACCGUUCCGCCCAAGUUGAAUGGAGAGGUAAUUACUCAGCGAAAUUUUACACCAAUAGAGGCGUCCCUCAAGGAGCGGUCUUGAGCCCUUUCUUAUUCCAAAUAUACAUUGCCGAUUUAUGUCAAGCCCAUUAUAGGAAUACCAAAUUGUUCACAUAUGCUGACGACAUCUUUUUGAUCAGCUCAGGGGCCGAAAUCGACACAGCACUUAACGACCUCCAGGCUGCCUUACUAAAAAUUCAAGAAUGGUGCGAGUGCUGGCACAUGAAGAUCGUACCGGAAAAGUGCGUGGCAAUAAAUUUUUCAAACAAAAAAAAGAAAACUAAUCGUAAUCUAUCCAUUAACGGAAAAAACAUCAAAUGGAGUGAAGAUAUCAGAAUCCUGGGUCUCAUUUUCGACCGCAAUCUCACCUUUAAAAACCAUAUUAACCACUUAUCUCAAAAAGUGUACAAAUACACCAACAUUCUCAAAGCCGUUGCCUCGAAAAGAUGGGGAGCGAGAACUAAAGAUCUGUUAAUCAUUGCGAAAAGUUGCAUUAAAAGCAAAAUAAAUUUUGGAAGCCAUAUCUUUUCCUCAUGUUCCCAGACAAAUAAAAAGAAGAUUGAAACAAUAUACCAUUCCGCAAUACGGGUAGCUGUGGGCCUCCCCAAAUUCACCCCUAUCCCGGUCCUUCUCAUGGAAGCUAAAGAAACCACCUGCCAACAUAGCCAUAGCCUCAAUGCAGAAAUCUUCAUGUUACGCCAAGUCGCACUAGGGAAUUUCUCUACAGUCAGAAAACGUUUACUCUCUUUCGAGACUAAGUUCAUACCUGCAAACACUGACAAAGCUCCCCUGGCAAUAAAAAAGAAAAAUCUACUAAAAGAUCUUAAUAUUUACCCCAGCCAAAUCAUCCCACUAUGCAUUCCGAUCGUUGAUAAUUCAAAACACUGCAACAUUUUUCUCAAGAGCCUGCCUUUUCAAAAUGACAAGAUCCCUAAUAAUCUCAUCAGCAAAGCCUUCCAUAAUUAUAGCAGUAAUAAUUGGAACAAUAACCCUAUCAUUGCAUCGGACGCUUCAAAAGUCACUAAUUCCACCUCCAUCGGUAUCUACAAUAACGAUACUAAAGAGUGCAUCAUGGGAAGAAUCCCUCAUGAAAACUCAGUCUUCACUGCUGAAGAUUUGGCCUUGUGGCUUGCCAUCCGUCGGUUCGGAAGAACCGGGGAUAAAGUUAUUUUUCUCUCUGACAGCUUAUCAGUCCUCACGGCCCUCAAAAACGUCAAUAACAAAUCUCCACACAUCAUCACUAUGAUUGCUCAGAUCAUCAAUAGUUGCAUCGAAAACGGUCACUCCAUUGACAUUGCUUGGACCCCUGCGCAUGUAGGAAUACAAUGCAAUGAAAUUGCGGACAAAAUAGCAAACAUGGGCCAUCGUGAAAACCUUAUCCUCCACUGGAAGUCCCCUGAAGACAUUAUUCAAAAUCUCAGAAACAGCUUCAAAAUGAAAACCCUCCAAAACUGGAACUCAUCUCACUAUGCCAAAAGAUUCAGCCACCUUAUCAAUAUCAACGACAAGAUCCGGAUGAUGCCCAACAGUAGAUAUGAAGAUGUCUUAAUCUCUAGGGCCAGGACUCGCACCACUCUUACAAAUUACAACUUGUUCCAGAUCAGACGGGCAAAUUCCCCCCUCUGCUCAAGAUGUAAAGUUCCAGAGACACUUGAUCAUGCAAUUCUGGAAUGCUCCAAGUAUACUAAAGAGAGAGACAGACUGCGGGCUUGUGCCGGCUGUGUGCCUCUGUCCUUCUGUCUUAUCUUUGAAAUUUCAUUUUUUCCCCCCCGGGUUUUUUCUUGCCUGUUGGCUCUCCUUUCGGUCAUCGAUGUUGGCUAA